AUUGGACGAAUGAAAAUCCCUCCAUGAAAGCAAGACUGGAGCCUCACUUGAGGAUUAGCGCUUGGGAAAGAUUUACAGGUGGUCACAUGCUGCGCUCUUCCUCCCUUCGAGCAACAAUGCAUGCACAACCUGAGGUUAGGGUGCCUUUUUUACGUCGGAGGAUGAAGAAGAACCGGUGGGAUGAGCACAUGCGUAUAGGACAUCAACUUUGCAAAGAGUGGCGACGGUGCUGAUGGGACAGGACAGUUGGAUGCAAAUGUCCACUUCAGGGAUGAACGCCGCCCAGGGGAUGGCGCCUCCGUCACCGGGGAUGAGUGGCAGCCCUCCACCGCCGGCUUCUCUCUCCCCGAGAACGAGCACCUUCCAAGGUGUGGGCUCCCCUAAAUUGCCUCCCAACCCUCCUAAUUCCCCCACCAUGUCCAUCAUGAGCUCCCCCAGACUGUGGAAGAAGGCCUCCAUCGCGAGACUGGCAGAGGAGUUUUUCUGGAUUGGUGGCAGUGUGGUCGCUCAGCCCAAAUGGAGGCUGGGCCAGUUUGUGGAGAGGUGCAUGUGCACAAUGCAGACGGGGACGCAGAUGACCAAACUGAAGGGAAAGAAGAAGGGACUCAUGCGCGUCUACUACUUGGAUGAGCACCGCUCAUGCAUCCGGUGGCGUCCCUCCAGGAAACACGACAAAGCCAAAAUUACAAUCGACUCCAUCCACGAGGUCCGCGAGGGGAAAAAGUCGGAGGUUUUCCGCAAGUACGCCGACAACCGCUUCGACCCAAACUGCUGCUUUAGCAUUUACUACGGCGAGCGUGUUAAAUCCCUGGACCUGGUCAGCACCAACGGCGAGGAGGCCCGCACAUGGAUCACCGGACUCAAGUACCUCAUGGCCGGUAUCAGCGACGAAGACAGCUUGGCUCGGAGGCAGCGCACCCGUGAUCAGUGGCUUCAGCAGACUUUCUCGGAAGCGGACAAAAACGGAGACGGCACUCUCAGCAUCGGAGAAGUCCACCAGCUUCUUCACAAGCUCAACGUGAAUCUUCCCAAGCAGAAAGUCCGUGAGAUGUUCCAGGAGGCGGACACAGACGAAAACCAGGGCUCUUUAGGAUUCGAGGAGUUUUGUUCCUUCUACAAGAUGAUCUCCACACGGCGAGACCUCUACCUCAUCAUGAUUUCUUACAGCAACCAAAAAGAAGUCAUGGACCUGCACGACCUCGCCCGCUUCCUGGAGAACGAGCAGAAGAUGCGAGGUCUUGCCAGAGAGCACCUGAUAGACAUCGUCGCCAGGUUUGAGCCGUGUCCUGACAACCUGCAGCAUCUGGUUUUGGGAAUAGACGGUUUCACCAACUACAUGCGAAGUCCCGGCGGCGACAUCUUCAACCCAGAGCACAACCAGGUGAACCAGGACAUGACGCAGCCACUGUGCAACUACUUCAUCGCCACGUCGCACAACACCUACCUGACCGGAGACCAGCUGCUGUCUCAGUCCAGUGUGGAGAUGUACGCUUACGUUCUCCAGGCCGGCUGUCGCUGCGUGGAAGUGGACUGCUGGGACGGGCAAGAUGGUGAGCCCAUUAUCCACCACGGCUACACCUUGACAUCCAAAAUCCUUUUCAAAGACGUUAUCGAAACCAUUAACAAAUACGCCUUCACCAAAUCACAGUACCCAGUGAUUUUGUCCAUAGAGAACCAUUGCACCGUGCCUCAACAGAAGAAGAUGGCGGAAUACCUGAGAGAGGUGCUGCAGGAUAAGCUUGACCUGUCCAACGUCAACACGCUCGAAUGCAAGAAACUGCCCUCCCCGGAAAUCCUCAAGGGAAAAAUAUUAGUCAAGGGAAAGAAGCUCCCAGCGAACUUGGACCCGAAUGCCGAGGAAGGAGAUGUGUCUGAUGAAGACACCGGGGACGAGGAAGAAGAGGAAGAUGACGAAGAGGAGGAUUCCCAGGAGGAAAACAGCGGUCUAGCUGCUCGACACCCGAAGAAGAGGAGGCGCUUCGGCAGAUCCAUCAUAAGAAGCUUCAAACGCAAGAGGAAAAAGAGAAUGCGACUAAGGAGUAAGGUCCGGUCUGACGGAGAGUCGGACUACAGCAGCGGCAGCAGGGACAGGACACAAAUUGUUUAUCACCCCAAGAAGAGGAAGACAAUGAGGUUGUCCCGUGCUCUGUCUGACGUCGUCAAGUACACAAAAUCUGUCCGAGUGCACGAUAUAGAAACACAAGCCUUUACAAACAGUUGGCAGGUGUCGUCACUCAACGAAACCGUCAUGAACCAGAUCGUGCUGCUAAAGCCCGGUCAGCUGGUGCGCUUCAACCAGCGUCAACUCCUGAGGGUCUACCCGUCCAACUACAGGGUGGACUCCAGCAACUUCAACCCGCAACCCUACUGGAAUGCAGGAUGUCACAUGGUUGCAAUGAACUAUCAAACAGAGGGUCGCAUGCUUGAACUGAACCGAGCUAAAUUCUCAAGCAACGGAAACUGUGGAUACAUUCUGAAGCCUAAAAUCAUUUGUAAAGGUGCCUUUAACCCCAAUUUGGAGGAUCCACUUCCAGGAAAAAGGAAGAUUCAGUUUGUUCUGAAGAUCAUCAGCGGACAGCAGCUUCCCAAACCCAAAGACUCCAUGUUUGGGGACAGGGGAGAGAUCAUUGAUCCCUUUGUGGAGGUUGAGAUCAUCGGUCUACCCGUCGACUGUUCAAAGCAGCAGACCAGAGUGGUGGAUGAUAAUGGUUUUAACCCCAUGUGGGAGGAGACUCUCGUCUUUCACAUUCUAAUGCCGCAGAUCGCCCUGGUGCGCUUCCAAGUGUGGGAUCAUGAUCCCAUUGGGAGGGAUUUCAUUGGCCAGAGGACAAUAGCCUUCACCAGCAUGAUGCCAGGUUAUCGACACGUGUACUUGGAAGGGAUGGCAGAGUCUUCCAUCUUUGUUCACAUUGCUAUCAUCGAUGGGAAGGUAAAGCCAGCAAAUGCUGUGCAAGUGGCCAGGAAGCACAUCCAAAAGGCAGCCCAGAAGCACAUGAAGGGACCCCAUAGGCAGCCGUCCCUCGACUCAUCCGUGCAGUCCUCGGACGAUUGGCCUCCUCCAUAUCUCCGCAAGGAUGCAGACUCCUUCUCCCAGGAAAGCAGGAAUGGAGAAAUGUCCCCUCUGGUCCAAGGGCCCGCCUCCAGGGCCGGGAUGCACAAAGGGAUCAUGAGUGAACCCGUGAGACGUGCCCACCGUGUCAAAAUUCAUGACCCAGCUCAGAUGAGGAGAGGGAUAUUCAGCAAGAUGUCCUCCACAGCUUCAAAACCAGUGCCGACUUUAACGUUUCAAGACAGCUUUGACUUGGACAGCCCUUCAUGUCUGAACAGUCCUACUGAGGACAGACGGGAUCCAGUUCCAACUAACUUUAGUGAGCUUCAGUCUUUGUCUGAAGCUGCUGAGUUACGGAUACUCCCCACAUUUGGACCACAGGAGCUUGAACCUCCUGUGGUGGCCCGAGCAGAAGCAAUGACUGACCCAGAACCACCAGGGAAACCUCCACCUACAACCCUUCAGUCGAUACCACAACAUCCCUUACAUUCCGACGCCAUAUUUGUACCUCUGAUCCCUCCGCCAUCCCCGGCUCAGGUCAGAAGGACCUUGGAGGCUCCGGCCACCCCCAGACACACCACCACCCCGAUACGAACAAAGGUCCGCUCGCGUAGCUGCCCUCGAAACCCCAACACCUCCCCCGUCACGCCCAUGGUGAGCCGCAAGCCUGCUUCCCACUGGCAGACCUGGCGAGUCCAGAGCACGGGCAAGGACAGCGACCGCCAGGUGAGGACCAUACUCAACGGUCUGUGCUUGUCCGACAGCUCGUCGAGCAGCGGGAGCAGCUCGGACAGCCUGGAGUUCAGAGAUGGCCCCGUUGCGGCGGGUGCAGAGCAGUGCGACGGCACCCUGCAGAGGGAGAUGAAGGCACUUUUUGAUCUAAAGAUGAGAGCGAUCAGAUGUAAAUCUCCACUUUUCUUCGAUGGUUGGGAUGUGUGAACACGUUUGGGCCGAGAUAGGCUUUGUUGCUACUGGUUAGGCUACCAAGAUCCAGUGGUACCUUGACUCACAAGUCGUCAAGUCACAAUUUGUUUUGUGACUAAGUCUGUACCUGAGUAUACUCGUACAGUGAAGCCCUACAUAUUCAUGAUUCAGCUUUCGCAAUUUGUGGAUUUCUUUUGAGAACCUAUCCUCCGUUAUCUGCUGAAUACCUCGCUUUGGUGCUGACUGGUGGCAUCUUCCUCAUCAUUAUUGCGAUUACGUUACAUGGGCCUGCUAGCUUAGAAUACAUAGAAUUUCACCCGAAUACCACUUGACUAUCAUUGUACAAAUUAAUAUUUAUUAUUUUUUUUUACUUCUUCAUACUCCUAUUGAACAUCUACAUUUCUUUUGUUUAUUAUUGCUUUUUUCUGUUUGUUUGCUUUCUUCCAUCUCUGUCUAAUAGCCUACUUUGAUUUGUUUUUGUAUAUGUUCAGUAAACGUAAAAAAAAAAAUAAUAAUAAAAAAAGAAUUUGUGGUGCCAAGCGCCUAGGUUAGACUGAGGGCAGGAGCUUCAUUUAGCCAAGUCAUAGCUUUGCUGAAUAGAAAGUGUUUUUCUGCCAUCUUGUGGCAUCUUUAACCAAUUACAAACAUUUUUGUGUGGGUGUUUCCUAUCGCCAGUAAAAACGGGCCUUCACUGUAUUGCAAGUAUGUUUUCCUUUUUGACUGAAAUGCUAUUAAUCUGUUCCAACCUAACAAAAAAAAAAAAAACAUUUUUUGUCUUUUUUAUUUUAAAAAAUAGCACUGUAUUGCAUACAAAUAUGAUAAAAUCUAAUAAAAUAGAAUGUAAAGAAAUAAACUGGUUUUAUAAAGUUUAAUUACUGUACAUACUGUAGCGUGUGUUGGAUGUGUGCCUAUAAGGGGUGUGGCCUCGUGAGUGAUGUUAGGAGCUGGUGUCGGUUUGGCCAGGUUAGUCUGCGUGUGAGCUUCUGUGCAUGAGCUGUGGUCGACAGCAGCUCCCUGCAUUUUUUUUUUUUUGUGUUUCACUGUUUGUCCCGUUCAAUAAACAGCUGAAAGUGCA